AUGUAUUACGCUUUAAUCCUAACACUUACGUUCGUCUAUAGGGCGGAACAGCAUUUGGUAUUUCCUAUAAACUAUUGCCACGUGGCGACGGCAUGCAUCCACGACUCCCAGCCAGUCUGCGCCUCAACCCUGGACGGGUGCAGCCGACGAAGUUUCCUUGACCAGUGCGACAUGUUCGAAUACAACUGCGAUUACGGCACAGACUACAGCACCGCAGCGAAGACUCCAUGUGCCCAUGAUCGUGGCGAUUAUUCUUGU